CAUGGGGCGCUGGUGGUCGGGGCCGGCGCUGACGCUGGCCUUGGCUUGGGCCCUGGCCGGCCUGGGAGCCUGGAGCCGCGCCGAGGUUUGUGACAGCAUCGACAUCCGGAACAACAUGACCAAGUUCAGUUUGCUUGAAAAUUGUACUGUAAUUGAGGGACACCUGCAGAUCUUGCUGAUGUUCAAAACCAAGGCUGCGGACUUCCGGGAUCUCAGCUUCCCGAAACUGACCGUGAUCACGGACUACUUGCUGCUGUUCCGGGUCUAUGGCCUAGAGAGCUUAAAAAAGCUGUUCCCCAACUUGACCGUCAUCCGAGGGACUCACCUCUUCUUCAACUACGCCUUGGUCAUCUUUGAGAUGGUUCACUUGAAGGAGAUUGGCCUCUAUAGCCUUAUGAACAUCACCCGCGGCGCUGUGAGGAUAGAGAAGAACGACGAACUCUGCUAUUUGUCCACCAUUGACUGGUCUCGGAUUUUGGAUUCUGCAGAAGACAACUACAUUAAGUCCAACAAGGACGACAAGGAGGAGUGCGGAGACAUGUGCCCCGGAGUGGCGCAGGGGAAAGGCAGCUGCCCGCCUACUGUCAUCAACGGCAUUUUCAUCGAGCGCUGCUGGACCCAUGAGCAUUGCCAGAGAGUGUGCCCCACAGCUUGCAAGUCCCAGGGCUGCCUCCAGGACGGGCGGUGCUGCCACCCUGAGUGCCUGGGCAACUGCCUUGAGCCCAACAAUCCGGGGAAGUGCGUCGCCUGCCGGAACUUCAACCUGGAGGGCAAGUGCGUGGAGAUGUGCCCGCCCGGCUACUACCGUUACAAAAGCUGGCGCUGCGUGACCUUUGACUUCUGCCAAGACCUACACAACAAGUGUAAGAUCGCCCGGCAGUCUGGGUGCCACGUCAUCCACAACGGCGAGUGUGUUCCUGAUUGCCCCUCGGGAUACACCAUCAACUCCAACAAGUGCACAACAGGAUGUGCUCUGGGCGAGAAACGGCCCACCUCUCAAGGCCUUCCGAAGCUGGGUUGGCUGCCAGCAAGGGAACGCUCCAGUCAACUGUCAGAUACCUGCUCGACAAGCAGCCGCGUGUCCGACAGGCAACCAGCCAGCGCGGAAGGAACUGAAGCAGCAACAGCCGUGGAAAGAAAUCUUUUGGAGACGCUUGUUUCGGUCGCAGCUGCGCUGCUCAAGACUCCAGAAACGGGGCUGGGCGGAGGGGAGAGGCACACUUCGGCCUUUCAAGCUCUGCUCAGCGGGGAAGCUCGCUUUCCCCAGACAUGGCGGAAGCGCUGUCCCCGGCCACCUGACCCGAGGCGCUUGGAGGACCCCUCGUUCAAGAAGAGGCUGUUGACGUGGCUUUGUCGUUCGCCCAUCAUGGGGCUCAGGCCCUCGGCCAGGAGGCUGGGUUCCCGGGAAGCUACACGGGGAGAAGCGGAGAAAGGGCAAGAAGAAGCUGCCCCCCGGCGGGGAAAGCGCGGGGCCGCCCGCCACAGCCGCGGGAGCGCCACAGCCCCGACCCUCCCCGCGCGCGCCCCCUGCCCGGCCCGGCCCGUCGGUCGCCUGCACUCACGCAUCCCGCCCGGCCCCGGGGAGACUGCUGCUGCUGCUGCAAAGCGCCCGCCUGCCGCCGCCAAGCUCCGGGAAGGAAGGAAGGAAAGAAGGAGGAGGGGGACGCGCGGGCGUGGGGGCGAGGCGCGCAACCGGCGGCCAGCGCAGCGCCGGGGCUGGAAGCCAGGAGGCCGUUCCGUCAACCAGCAGGAGCCGUGCCAUCAGCCUGGGCUUUUUCAGGGCCUGGACAAGUGUGGCAAGGCUGUGUGGGCGCAGAGCAGGGGUGUGGCCUGCAAGGUCAAAGAGCAGGGCCCUCUGCUCCAUCGGCAGCUCCUUCGGCCGCUCAGACUGACCUCUAGCUCCGAGGAUGAUGCCGGUCGAGCAGCCGCCGAUGAAGUAGUUCACGGGGUCAUCCGGCGCAUCUCGGAUCUGUGCGCUGAGGCUCCGAGCCAGAGGAAAUGCAAGCCCGGCAGAAACACCGACACUUGCAAAAGGCACAUCGGUGCUUAUUUGGAAAGGCAGGCCCCCAAGACUGGGCCCACCAGGAAGCGGAGAGAUCUCGGCAGCAUUGCCAACGGCACUUGGGUGGCACCGACCAUCCUUCCUCCAGCGAACGCCUCCAUGGCCACACCCAAAGGCUCCCAGGAGUCCCAGCUCUUUGAGAUGGAAGUUUCAAAGGAGUUCUUGGUGAUCUCGAACCUGCGGCACUUCACCGGCUACCGGAUCGAGAUCCAGGCCUGUAACCGCAAGGCCCCCAAAGAAUGCAGCGUGGCAGCCUACGUCAGUGCCAGGACCGUGCCCGAAGCCAAAGCGGACGACAUUGUUGGGCCUGUGAGCCACGAGCUGAUCGACAAGAGCACCGUCCACCUGAGGUGGCAAGAGCCGAAGGAGCCCAACGGCCUAAUCCUACUGUAUGAAGUGAACUACGGGCACCCUGGCGAUCCAGAGGAGCAUCACUCCUGCAUAUCUCGGAAGCUUUUUGCCAAAGAUCAGGGGUGCAAACUGAAGGGGCUGCAGCCGGGGAACUACAGUGUGCGUGUCCGGGCCACCUCGCUGGCUGGCAACGGAUCGUGGACAGAAACCACCUACUUCUUUGUUCCGGAUUAUUUGAACACUCCGACUAACCUCGUGGGCGUGAUUGUUCCCGUCAUUUUCACUUUCAUCUUCAUUGCUAUUAUCGUCGGCACCUAUAUCUUCAUCAAAAAGAGGCAGAAGGAAGGACCGACAGGGCCUCUCUAUGCAUCCUCCAAUCCAGAGUACCUCAGUGCCAGCGAUGUUUAUGUCCCAGACGAGUGGGAGGUCCCCCGGGAGAAGAUCUCCCUCCUGCGGGAGCUGGGCCAGGGCUCCUUCGGCAUGGUGUACGAGGGGAUCGCCAAGGACAUCGUCAAGGGCGAGGCAGAGACCCGGGUGGCGGUGAAGACGGUGAACGAGUCGGCCAGCCUGCGGGAGCGGAUCGAAUUCCUCAACGAGGCCUCCGUGAUGAAGGGCUUCAGAUGCCACCAUGUGGUUUGCCUCCUGGGGGUUGUGUCCAAAGGGCAGCCCACCCUUGUCGUCAUGGAGCUGAUGUCCCACGGGGACCUGAAGAGCUACUUGCGGUCCUUGCGUCUGGAUGCUGAGAACAACCCCGGCCGUCCACCGCCUACUCUCCGAGAGAUGAUCCAAAUGGCCGCAGAGAUUGCUGACGGCAUGGCUUACCUGAACGCCAAGAAGUUUGUCCACCGGGACCUGGCGGCCCGGAACUGCAUGGUGGCUGAAGACUUCACCGUCAAAAUUGGAGACUUUGGCAUGACCCGGGACAUCUACGAGACGGACUACUACCGCAAAGGGGGGAAGGGCCUCCUGCCCGUGCGGUGGAUGGCCCCCGAGUCCUUGAAGGACGGCGUCUUCACAGCCUAUUCGGACGUGUGGUCCUUUGGGGUCGUCCUCUGGGAGAUAAGCAGUCUGGCGGAGCAACCCUACCAAGGCCUCUCCAACGAGCAGGUCCUGAAGUUUGUCAUGGACGGGGGAUGCCUUGAGAGGCCAGAAAACUGUGCUGAGCAGCUCCACAGCCUCACGCAGAUGUGCUGGCAGUACAACCCCAAGAUGCGUCCUUCCUUCAUUGAGAUCAUCGAGAUGCUGAAGGAGGAUCUGCACCCGGCCUUCCGGGAGGCCUCCUUUUUCUACAGCGACGAGAACAAGCCCCCCGAGACGGAGGAGUUCGAGAUGGACUUUGAGAACAUGGAGAGCAUCCCUCUGGACCCCGCCUCCUACACGCAGCAGGACGAGGUCUUGGGGCGAGACGGCAGGCCCUCCCUGGGGCUCAAGGGGAACUAUGAGGAGCACGUCCCCUACACUCACAUGAACGGCGGCAAGAAGAACGGCCGCAUCCUCCGCUCGAGCCCCUCCUAAGA